GAGACAGAUUUGCAAAUAGAGUUAGAGUAAACAAGGAAGCGGGGUGACUGACACAUGUUUCCAAUGAUUGGGAACACACAGUCUAUCGUUACUGUGCCAUUCUGUUCUCACACACAACAGAGGAAACAUGAGGCUGAGGGCCGCCGCACUGCUGCUCGCUCUGCUUACAUGCAUUUUGGCUGCAGAUGAGUCAUGUAUGGAUCGUUGUGAGAAUGGCUUUGACUCCCAAAGGAGCUGCCAGUGUGACUCCAUGUGCAAAUAUUACAAAAGCUGCUGCUCUGACUUUGAGGUCACCUGUGGUAUGAUGACUCGUGGAGACACAUUUGUGUUUGCAGAGGACGAUGAUGAAGGCGCCACUCAAGCCCCUGUGUGGCCUGCAGGCGACCGGUCUUCUACCUCCAUCAGUCGACAGCAGGGGCCCACACAGAGACCGUUUACAGAUUUCGGCCGCAGACACCAGCAGCGACCUGAAACCACACUAGAAAUGACCAGACCUCCUCGACUGAUUGAUGCCAUCCUUCAAAACAUCCCUGUCAUACAAGAACCCCUCAUUUUACAGACAGCCCCACCCACGCAAGAGGUCCCCGAUAUGACAAAACCCCCUCCUGAGACUGAAGCAGCAGCUGGCACGACCACUGUUCCUGUGACGGCACCCACCACCCAGGCCACCACUCAGGCCUCUGACCCAGACGCUGAGAUCUGCAGUGAGCGGCCCUUUGAUGCCUUCAUGCAGGCUAAAAAUGGCUCCAUUUAUGCCUUCAGAGGGGACUACUUUUUUGAACUGGACCAGAAGACGGUGCUUCCUGGUUAUCCAAAGCUCAUUAAGGAUGUGUGGGGCAUCAGCGGGCCUAUAGAUGCUGCCUUCACCCGCAUCAAUUGUCAAGGGAAAACUUAUAUCUUUAAGGGGAACAAGUACUGGAGGUUUGACAACGGUGUUCUGGAUGAAGACUAUCCACGAGAUAUCAAUGUGGGCUUUGAUAAAAUUCCUGAUCAUGUAGAUGCAGCAUUUGCUCUGCCUGCUCCAGGUCACAACGGGAAAGAGAAGGUGUAUUUUUUUAAAGGUGAUCAGUAUCACACAUAUGAGUUUCUGCACCAGCCGUCUCACGAGGAGUGUAUCUCCAUGUCUGAGAGAUCUCCAUCAACAUCGUUCAGGCUCUACACUGAUGUGUACUACAACAACUAUGAGCGCUUCUUCAGCGAGCUCUUCUCCAAUUUGCCUCAGCAUCAUGACAAACAUCACUUUAUUGACAAGGACUGGAAGGGCCUCAAGUCUCCGCUGGAUGCUGCCAUGGCAGGCAGGAUCUAUGUCACUCCCUGGAGAUCAUCAAGAUAUCGCCAAGACUAUCAGCCUGACCAGCAGUGGGGUCGACAGCAGUACCAGCAGUACGGUCAGCAGUGGGACCAGCAGUACGGUCAGCAGUGGGACCGGCAGUAUGGUCAGCAGUGGGGUCGAAGGAGGCAGAACCGUUCACCUUUCUGGGAGUCCAUGGCAGAGCGGGGGAUGAACAUGGGACAGCAGUUUGCAGAGCGGGGCAUGGAAAUGGGUCUGAGGUUAGCAGAGAGGAGAAUGGAGAUGGAGGAGAGGUUUGGCAGAGAUUGGGACCGGGACAGGCGCUGGGAUCAAGACUGGGACCAGGACAGACGGAGGGACAGUUACAGGCAGAACAACAGAGGGAACUAUGACUCCAGAGGGGACAGGUCCUACUGGGACCUGGUCCAGAGGAGGAUGCCAAUACAGAGCGUCUACUUCUUUAAAGGAGCUCAAUACUACAGAGUGGACCUCAGGACCAAGAGAGUUGACCCCGCCAUGCCUCCUUAUCCCCGAUCCAUCGCCAAGUAUUGGCUCGGCUGUUCAGGCACCCCUGGGGCAGAGAAGUAGUUUCCAAUAUUUUAGGUAUUUUUAAAUAAUUUCUGACUUUGUCACAGAUAAUUCCUUUAACCUGAAACAGGCUGUGUUAUGAGUGGGAAAAUCAAUGUCAAACAAGUUCAGUGUAAGAAAUAACCAGCUGCUUUUUAGCUUCAGCAAAUAUUGGAGAUCAGUGGUUAAAGUUCAGCUGGUUUGCUUUCUGAACUGAAACAGAGCUUUAUCAACAUUGACUGACCUGCUUUUUACACACAACUUCAUAGAAAACAGGUUCAAUGUGUGUUUCAGUACUUUAGUAUUAAAUUUAUUGCUACUUUAUAGUUAUACUCCACCACAAUUUAGAGGCAGAUAUUGUUGUUUUUACUCCUUCAUUUAUGUUCAACUUGAUUUAACACACAUUAUAGUACAUACAUUAAAACAACUUAGAAAGCAGACUUUAACCUAUCAGUUAAAAAUAGGGUAAAACAGCUCCACCAUGACCUGCUGUGAUAUAAAAAAUGCUGAUUAUGUAUCAGUCCCUUAGUUGUAAAAUCCAGAUAGUCAUUAACAUGAUGGUGUAUAUCUGCCAAAGGGCAUGCUGCCCUUGUGUUUGUACUUUUAUGUUUUGUCAUCUGCUGAUAACAUUUUAAUAUUUGUACUUAGGACACAUUUUUAACAAAGACUUUUACUCCUUUUGAAUGUUUGUUGUGUUAUAUAUACUAAAUAAAAAGAUAAGCACAUCAUCUACCAUGUAUGUGUUUUGAAAUGAUGUUGACAGACAACAAAAUGUUUAUUUGCAUUGUCAUUUGUGUACAAAUAUACAGUUAACAAAGAAAUAGAAAAGUAUAAUAUGAUUGUGAUGUCAUGCUUAUAAGAGGCAGAUCUUGGCAUUAAAUAAUAUAAAUGUCCCUUUGAGAGAAGCAAAGACAGAUUAUUAGUUGUGUUAGAUAGUUUGUGUUUUACUCGACAGUUCUGCAGUCACUGAAAAGGUCAGGAUGUUCAUGUGGGACUAUUAUAACACUUCCAGUUUUAUGAUAGCUUCUGAUUUGUUCAAAGGGCACUUUUCCCAUAACACAGUGUACUGAUUCAGAGAGUCCCAUUUGAUUGUAAAAUGGCAGCAUGGAACAGUCUCUUCUUAUUGUAUUUCCAUCUUUGACAAAUAAAAACAUGAGUACAGGAUUAUCACAAAACCAUACAGGCACAAACCGUAUUCUUGUGAUUAAAUUACAUAUUUUUUUACUGAAGAAAUGACAUUUUCAUAAAUUUAUUUUGAAAGACCACUUCCAGUGAGUGUGUUUAUAUCUCUCCCACAUCAACAAUUCCACAAAGGCCUUAUAACACUUGCUGUUUGUACACAUUUAAUAAAGUAUACCAAAACAAA